AUGAGGGGGUUAGUAUUAUUGGGGGCGCUGUGCUUCGUGGCCUUAUGUGCCGCAUACGAAGCCGAAUCUGAGGACCUUGCCGUCGCAGCCAGCGGCAAGAUUCACCACCACGAGCAUGGUGGUGGACACCAUCACCAUGAACAUCACCAUCAUGAGCACGGCAGCAAGGGCGAUAAAGGACACAAAGGUCAUCAUCAUCACCAUAAGGGUGACCACGGCCAUCACGGUAAACACCAUCACGAGGGACAUCACCACGAGCACGGUGGCGGUCACAAGAAACAUUGGGACGAGCAUGACCACCAUGGCGAGCACCACGAACAUGGUCAUCAUCACAAGGGAGGCAAACAUGGCCAUCAUGAACAUCACGACAAAGGCGAACACACUGACGGCUACCACAAGAAAUACCACAAGGACCACUUCCACAAGGAUCAUCACUUCCAUGACGGACAUCAUGAUGAAGGCAAGCACCACAAACAUGGACAUCAUCAUGGACACCACGAGGAGCACGGCGGACACCACAAGAAAGGAGGUCAUCAUCAUUCCGGCCAUCAUGAGGGACAUCACGGCAAGCAUGGCCACCACGACAAACACCACUACGAUGAGGACCAUCACGGCCACAAAGGGCACCACGGACACGAAGAGCACCACCACCACCACGGGGAUCACGGCAAGAAGGGCGGCCACGAAGACCACAAGGACUGGGGAUUCCAUCAUGGCAAACACUAA